AUGAACUCGCGCCUCUCCGCGCUCAACAAGCUGCUCGUGGAGGAGAACGAGCUCUCCACGCGCAAGAUCUCGCAGCUCACGCUCGAAAACAUGCUCCUGCGACAGCAGGUCGCACGCCUGGAAGCGUCGCAGCAGCUCGGCGGACCACAGCUCGGCGGACCGUCGCCGGGGUCUGUAGCUGCGGCCGCCGCCGCAGCUGCUGCGGCUGCGGCAACCGCGGAUCCGAUGAAGCUCCCCGGCGCUGCUGCUGCUGCUGCUGCGGGAGGACCUGUUCCCGGCAUUCCCACUGCUCCGGUUCUACCCCCCGGAAUGCACCCGGGUCUGCCCCUGGGUCAGCCAGACAUCUUUUCCCAGCUACGGGCAGCUGCGCUAGGAGGGGUAGGAGGUGUGGGAGGAGUGGGAGGGGUAGGAGGGGUAGGAGGGGAGUUUGGCGGAGGGGCAGCAGCUUUAGACGUGCUCAAGCAGAGGCAACUGGGAGCGGCACAGCAGCAGCAGCAGCAGCAGCAGCAACAACAACAACAGCAACAACAGCAACAGCAGCAGCAGCAACAACAACAGCAACAGCAACAGCAACAGCAGACACAGCAAGCAGAGCAGCAGCAGCAGCAGCAGUUGCUCCCAAGGCUGGGGUUUGCAGGCACCAAUCUGACAUCAGACUCUGCUGUCACGGGCUCCAAUCCUGCCGGCGACCCUGGCGCCUCUGGCCUGCUGCCCAUAGCGGAGAAAAUCCUGUCCGAGUUCCUGGCGAAGGCCACUGGCACGUCCAUGGACUUCGUUGAGAUGCCGGGCGUCAAGGUCGGAGCCGGCUACAUAGGCAAGGUCACCAUCGCAUGUGGAGGGCCUGGUGUUGCAGCUCGGGCGGCUGGCCUCGUCCUGCUGCCGCCCAGCAAGGCAGCAGAGCUGCUUAAGGACCGAGUGGCGUGGCUGAGGGAGUGCCGCCGCUGCGACGUGCUGGGGGGCUUCCGCACGCCCAAUGGGGGCACUGUUGAGCUCGUCUACACCCAGAUGUACGCUCCAACCACGUUGGCCCCUCCGCGUGACCUCUGCACUUUACGCUACACCUCCCUCCUAGAAGACGGCGUGGUCAUCUGCGAGCGGUCGCUCAGCAACGCGCAUGGGGGCGCGUCCAUGCCGGCUGUGCCGUCGUUCGUGCGAGCGGAGAUGCUCCCCAGCGGCUACCUCAUCCGCCAGUGCGACGGGGGAGGCUCCGUCAUCAUUGCUGUUGACCACCUCGACCUACAGGUGUGUCUCUCCCCCUCCUCCCUCGCUUCCCGCUCUCCCUCCUCCCUCGCUUCCCGCUCUCCCUCCUCCCUCGCUUCCCGCUCUCCCUCCUCCCUCGCUUCCCGCUCUCCCUCCUCCCUCGCUUCCCGCUCUCCCUCCUCCCUCGCUUCCCGCUCUCCCUCCUCCCUCGCUUCCCGCUCUCCCUCCUCCCUCGCUUCCCGCUCUCCCUCCUCCCUCGCUUCCCGCUCUCCCUCCUCCCUCGCUUCCCGCUCUCCCUCCUCCCUCGCUUCCCGCUCUCCCUCCUCCCUCGCUUCCCGCUCUCCCUCCUCCCUCGCUUCCCGCUCUCCCUCCUCCCUCGCUUCCCGCUCUCCCUCCUCCCUCGCUUCCCGCUCUCCCUCCUCCCUCGCUUCCCGCUCUCCCUCCUCCCUCGCUUCCCGCUCUCCCUCCUCCCUCGCUUCCCGCUCUCCCUCCUCCCUCGCUUCCCGCUCUCCCUCCUCCCUCGCUUCCCGCUCUCCCUCCUCCCUCGCUUCCCGCUCUCCCUCCUCCCUCCGUCCUUUGUGCGAGCGGAGAUGCUCCCCAGCGGCUACCUCAUCCGCCAGUGCGACGGGGGUGGGUCUGUCAUCAUUGCUGUUGACCACCUUGACCUGCAGGUGCUCUAUCCGUCAUCUGCCGUCCCUUUCUCCCUGCCCUUUUAAACCCUUUGCCUCAUUCCUGCAACCCACCACCCCUCGCCCGCUCUCCGGCACUCCCACCACCAGGCGUCUAGGACGGGGCGCUGCGGCCGCUGUACCAGUCAUCCUGGCGUCCAGUGUACCAGAGGUGCUGCGGCCACUCUACCAGUCGGCGGCAGCGCUGGCACACCGCAUGACCAUCGAGGCCCUGCGCUACCUGCGCAAGGUGGCCAACGAGGGGUCGGGAGGCAGGGCCGAGGCCACCAGUGAGGCCACCUGUGCGGGGGGGGGGGCAGGCAGCAGGGCGGAGUCGGGGCGGCCGCAGGACCGGCAGCUCAUGGCUUGGCGAGUAUUGCCAUGUGAGAGUGUUUGUGGGAGUGAAAUGAGAGGUUGGACAGGUGCGGGGGGGGGGGGCAGGCAGCAGGGCGGAGUCGGGGCGAUGCAGGACCGGCAGCUCAUGGCUUGGCGCUCGAUUGCAGAGCGCAUCGCCAUGGGUUUCAACGAGGCAGUGAAUGGGUUCACGGACGAUGGGUGGGAGCAGAUGGCGGGAGAUGGCAUGGAUGACGUCACUCUUGCUGCCAGAGCCACUGGCGCCGGGGGCAAGGCCGCAGGGGGGAUGGGGGGAGGGGGAGAUGCGCCUGGGCCUGUGGGCGGGGGAGUGCUGUGUGCCAAGGCAUCCAUGCUGCUGCAGAACGUGUCCCCGGUGCUGCUGAUCAAGUUCCUGCGUCACCAUCGCUCCGAGUGGGCAGACGGCACGAUCGACGCCGACUCAGCAGCAGCGGUUCAGGCCACCAUGGGUGCUCGCGCUGCUGCUGCCGGCGCGGGGAAAGUGCCUCUACCCCUCGCCUAUGCUGUGGAUCAGGAAGAGGUGAGAUCGU